AAUGGCAGCAAAUUUGGCACUCGCAUUGGACGAAAUUAUUAGUCAAAGCAAACCAACAAAGCGAAGCGGAGUUCGAGCUGGUGGACGUAUUACACGUGCUGGAGCUGUUCAAGCAGCUGUUGGUGAAGGACCGCGUACAAGUGCUAGGACUCGUUUCCCACAAAGAGGAUUUGUUUCUGGAGAAGUCCCAGCUGGCCGUUGGAAGCAUGACAAAUAUUUUGAGACUUAUGGAGCCAAAAAAGGAGCAGCUAAAGCUCUUGGACUUUUGAGUGGAAAAAAGCGUCAACAAAUUCCUCGUCUCGCUUCUAUUCGCAGCAACAAACCUGGGGGUGGAAUUGGUGCUCGUUUAGCUCGAAAAGCUGUUGGAAGCGGUCAGAGUGGGAUGGUUAAAAUGCAGAUUUUGAGUUUGCCUGAGAGUGUUAUUACUUCGGAUUUGGAGGAGCUUUUUCAAGAAUACAAUUGUUAUGGAGUUACUGUUCAUUAUGAUGAGAUGGGAAAUCAUUUGGGCACAGCCGAUUUAUUCACUGAUCAAAAAACUGCUGCAGAAAUUAUUCGAGAAUUUAAGGAUAUUGCUAUUGAUGGUCAAGAAAUCAAAUUUUGCAUUGUUUCUGAAAGCGGAGCAUCUGCUACAGCAGCUUCUUUGACUGGUGGAAAACCAAGUAUUCGUGAUCGUCUUCGCCGUGUUUCAGGGAAUUCAAUACGCCGUAAAGGUGUAAAGAAGGUUAUUGGUGUUAGAGCUGGGGCUGCUGGACGUAAAGCACGACUUGGCAAAAAACUUGCUGAAUCAGCAACAAAAUUGCGCACAAAAACUGCAGAAGAAUUGGAUAUGGAAUUGGAAUCAUAUAUGCAAAAGAAAUGA